AAAGCGACUGCCGUCAUGAAGCGGCAGAACGCGUCGAACAACAAGAGUAUCUUGCAUUUCUUCAAGAGUGUCCCGCGCACUUCGCAAGAAAGCUCGCCAGGUACCGCGCCUUACCUACCUAAGACAACCACACAGUAGUUGCAGCCUCAGGCUGAUCAGUCUAGCGAUAGCAGACAUUAACGCCGACAAUGUCUCGCAGCCACCCAGCUCCGGUGGCCCCGCGCUGCCAGAACGCGCGCAACCUUCCACAGGCGGUCCCUCGAUGUCAUUGGGUUCGAACACGUCGACCGUAGAAGACGCGCCCACCACCGACACUGUCAUGACAUCGAUCGAGACGCUACCACCGAAUACCUCGCAAACCUCUGCGAAUUCGGGCGCAAGCAAGCGAAUCUUGUCCCGUGGACAGCAAGUAGUCCUCAAUUCAGACUCCGACUCUGACUCCAUGGGAGAGCUCGACUUUGGCCUGCCUGCGCCAAAGCUGAAGAUUCCAACGUAUACCAGUCGCUCAACCCGUAGGACAGGCUUCGAUGAGCCUCAGCUGCGCAGACCGCCCAAAGCAGGCAGGCACAGUGGCAAACGCUCUUUCACUCAGCUCAUGGAGACCGCACAAAAGAACCUAGACACAGAAAGGAAGAUCCAAGAGCGCAAAGCUGCUCUGGAGAAGGAGGACGAACAGCCUGCUCCGGUGGCGACGACUCUAGACAAGAGUACACUCAAGCAUGCUAUUCAGGACGGCGACGACUCGGAUCAAGCUGAUCGACUGUACAAGGCGAUGCGAAGAACCAACGGAGUACAAGCCCAGACUGCCUACCACUUCUUUGAAGAUACUCCGGAUCUGUCAUCGAUACCGUCUUUUCCUCAACGGAGCUUACCAGACCAUGGCUGGACUGCUUGCUUUGAAGAACCGUCCACUCGAGAUCAGGCCUUCAUGACUGGAUUCGCGCAUCAGAUCUUCCGCCUGCAAGAAUUGCCCAAGGAGCUCGCCACCUGGAUGCUUGAUCAGAUUUGUCUUGGUCGCAAUGCAGCUCUCGAUCAAAAGUACCUCGAAAUCCUCCAGACGCAUGAUGAGCAAUUACAGAAGCAGCUCAGCCCGAGGAAACUCGACGCUAUGUUCAAAUCGAUUGGCGCUCAAGUUGAGAGCUUAGAUGCCAACUCUGAGUUAUCACCCUCUGAAGCGCAAGCAAACAAUCACCGGCCAUUGCCGCCAUCGUUGAAACGCAUCGCUGCUCUGCUCACGUCAGCUGCCCCUUGGCUGCAUGCAAAGGCUAGAAUCCAUGCAUUCCACUUACUAUGUCACACCUGCUUAGACGACCGUGUGUUACUCGACCCUGAAGCACUGAGACUUGUUCAAGACGCCAUAGAAGCAGUCAUUUGCCAGUACGCCAACAACCACAAGUUGACCUCUGGCGUAGGAAGCCCUCCACCGGACGAUUUGCAUUCUCUGAUCACAUCUCAGCUCACAUAUGUCAUCCCGAAACUGCUUUCGCGCGUUACAAACCCGCUCUUGCAAGCAAACCUCGUACACGCGUUCCCAACGGAAUCGCCAUUGACAGCCUACCUACAACGGCAUCUGGCUUUGUCAUUCCUAUUCCACCCUGCUCCGGUCGAUGUACCCCUUGCAGAUCCGCAGCUGCCCAGACUCAUUCAUACAUACCUGGAAUUGUCAUUACAUUGGCGCAUGAGCAAGGACACCAACUACAGUUUUGUAGCAGCUCGCCUUGCGCUUCUCGAUAUUGCUAUUGGACCUGGGCCGUUGACUGUCCCUUAUCUACCGCUCAUUAGCCCGCCACCUUCAGAAGCAGGCUCACCACCUCCCGUGGCACCGACGCCAGCAUCUUCGGAGGUAAAAGAGUUCAACAGAGAGGUGGACGCACUCGCACAACAUGUCAAGUUACUCGGCAACUCCAUUGUCGAGACCGGUGCAGCCCUUGAUCUCACGAUCCUGGAGGCCAAAGAGCGUUGUGAGAGAGUGUUCUGGAGGCUGCAACAUGCUGUGCGGAUUGGCGGGAAGAAGGCAGACAACGUCUUUGGGGGUGGUGAGGACGAGAAGCAGCUCAAAGUAAAGAAGUUCUUCAGAGCACUCCCCGCUGAAAGACCGUAUCUUUGACCAGGAUGGUGCUGCUGAGCUACCAACGUAGAGCGUGGUACGUUGACCGGUCAAGAGGUCGUUGCAAGCUAUGCGCAGCUAUUAAGUGUGUUGAUAUACCCACUACGAUGAACAUGUCUUGAGCCCAGCGUGCUGUAACCUUCAUCUGAGAACCAGAAAUAAGGGCUCAUCUCCCAGACAUCUACCUUUGCCCACACGUCAAGCAGUUCUCAACCCCAAAACGCUGAGUCUUGCAUCCUCGUACGUGAAACCUCAGGAGCUACCGUGAUACCGCGAGUAUGCGUUGUAUGCGCCCUUCAGGGGGAUCUACAUACACCUCACGCCGCGGCAUUCGCAGUCCGAACGUGCAGCACAACAGCAGCCUUGAAAUCCUUCGCU